AUUCAAUAUUCAAUGUUGAGUUCAUCAGUGUGAUAUCAUUAUGUCCCAGUCCAAUGUUCAAGUCGCCUCAUAUAUAUUCUUCGUCUGCGGUUUCCUCUGUACACAUUCCACUUGCGCCUUCCACUUCUCUGACGGUCGGCUUGUCGCAGAUGAUGGCACCUCCCAUGUGUCCUGUAGUUCCUUUGUGGCGGCCCAUGUCCAGACACUGAGAUUCAGGUGUAGAUCUUCGCAUGCUCGUGCACAACAAACUUCGCGACCGCAAGGCUUGCCAUAAUGUCGUCUCGACUAAGG